CGCACGCCGGCACGACAGCACGCCGGUAACGUGAAAAAACUUUUUUUUAAUUUCUAAUGGUAAAUCAAAAAUAAGAAUUUAUUUACAUAAAUAGACAUAAUGAAAGAGUUUAAGACUGCAUUAAGUUUUGUGAUAUUAGGAUUACUAUACAGUUCAGCUAAAGCUAUCCCUGAUGACGAAUUUGCUAUUGUUGAAGAUGAGGAUGCAGAUUAUCAGGUAAACGAAAGAGGCCCGAAAAUACUAUGGCCAUAUCCCACAUUUGUCAAAAAUGACGCUAGCUACACAAACACGCGUAGUAGUAACAAUUACAUACAUAAUCAAAGUCGGAAGAAGUACUCGAACAAAAAGGAUCCCAGAGAAAGAAGGUACUACCCGUUUGAAACGUCACAUCCUCAGAGUCCCAUUGUGGAAAUGAUGAAACAAUCCAUGGCUAUCAACUACGCACCUAUCAAUGGAGACAUAUUUGACUUUUUGAGAGAUUCAUAUCCUCUGCCUAAAGGGCACACCCAGCCAUUGGAGGUGUACGACUACGUCAUAGUGGGUGCUGGCUCGGCAGGUUCAGUGCUGGCAGCCAGGUUGUCUGAAGAAAAGCCCAGGGCCACGGUGCUAGUUCUUGAGGCUGGCAAGCCAGAGAUGCUCCUGUCAGACAUACCCAUGUUUGUGCCGUAUCUGCAGUUGUCAGACUACAGCUGGCCGUAUGUCACUGAACCGCAGCCCGGUACUUGUAUAGGUAGUGAAGGAAAGAGGUGCUACUGGCCCCGUGGCAAGGCAGUGGGGGGUACCAGCGUCACUAACUAUAUGAUCUACACCCGAGGCCGGCCCCAGGAUUGGGACAGAGUCGCUGAGGAUGGAAACUACGGAUGGACUUCCAACGAAGUUCUGCAGUACUUCAAGAAGUCUCAGCGAUCAGAAGUUAAGAAAUAUAAGGAUUUCCCCUACAACGGACGUGAUGGCGAAAUGAUAGUGGAAGGUCCUCCAUUCAGAACUGGACUGGUUGAGGCUUUCCUGGAGGCGGGCAGAUUGUAUGGACAUCGCACUGUGGAUUAUAAUGCCCCUGAUGGUCUCGGGUUCGGAUACGUCCAGACAACCACCAACAGAGGCCACCGGUGGAGCACUGCUAAAGCUUUCCUCCGUCCACACAAACGACGACGAAAUCUACAUAUUUUACCUGAAGCUAGAGCCACAAAGGUCAUUAUUGAACCUAAAACAAAACGAGCGUACGCUGUCGAGUAUAUCAAGAAUGGUGUUAAAUAUGUAGUUCGCUGCCACAGGGAAAUCAUCCUCUCUGCAGGACCUAUAGCUUCCCCCCAGUUACUCAUGCUGUCAGGCGUCGGACCCAAAGACCACUUAAAGGAACUUGGAAUUCCUGUCAUAGCUGACUUGCAAGUUGGUAGGAACCUGUACGACCACGUUUGUUUCCCUGGAGUAAUCUUCAAAUUAAACACUACCAAUGCCAGUCUUAUUGAGCCGAAGAUAUCAACGCUGCCUAAUCUUAUUCAGUGGUUGCAGUACGGAGAUGGCCUGCUGGCUAGCCCUGGCACAGUUGAAGCAAUCGGUUACUUAAAAACAAAUGUAUCUGAGGACCCCGAGCAAGUUCCAGAUGUAGAACUGCUAAGUCUGGGCUCGUCAAUGACUUUAGAUUCUGGCGGUAUAUUUAGACAGAGUUGGAAAAUUUCAGAUAAUACUUAUUACACAGCUUUUGGAAGUCUAAGCGGCAAAGACACCUGGUCGGCCAUUCCAAUACUCCUACAUCCAAGAUCUAGAGGUUUCCUGGAACUUCGGGAUUCUAACCCCUAUUCUCAACCUAGGAUUUUCCCUAAUUACUUCACGGACUCUAAAGAUAUGGAAACUAUGAUUGCUGCCAUUAAAUAUAUUAUACAAUUGGGACAGUCUAAAGCUUUUCAGAAAUAUGGAGCCAAGUUGCAUAGAGCUACGUAUCCGGGAUGCGAAACACUUGCUUUUGGGUCAUAUUCUUACUGGGAGUGCGCUGUGAGGACUCUCAUGAUAAGUCUGCAUCAUCAGAUUGCCACCUGCAAGAUGGGCCCGCAGACUGACCCCGAAGCCGUAGUGGAUCCUGAGUUGAGAGUGUAUGGAGUAGAAGGCCUUAGGGUAGUAGACUCUAGUGUAAUUCCUAGGACGACAUCAGCUCAUACCAACGCUCCUGCUAUAAUGAUUGGUGAAAAAGGUGCAGAUAUGAUUAAGAGAACUUGGGCUAAUGUUGUAAAUAAUGUCAGAUAAAAUAUUUUGCCACUAGUAAGGUAUUAUUAAGUUAGUUUAAUAUUAUGUUAGUUUAAAUAUAAAUAAGCAAAAUA